GUUCGUUCACAUACUCAAACAUGAAAACAAAGUAACAGUUAUUUUUUCAAGUAGCAGGUAAUAAACUGCUCCAACGAAUGUGUUACUCAAACAGAUAAUACGCUUGCGCAGUAGAAAGGAACAGUUCCACAGCGAGCCUCUCUUGAAAGAGCGAGGGAACAGGGAACAUGAAACUUUCAUAACAUAACCUUUACUUUAUACUUGUCUAUUUUAAUUUGGUGUACUGUAAUCUCGUGAUUUUGUUUCAAGUAUUUCCAAUUUUUGUGAUACUGUAAUUAAACAGAAUUUGCACAACAACAAUGACUAUGAACAAAUCUCCUGUCAAUAAAAGUAAAGAGACUGUACUGCCACUGUCGAGAGUUCGAACUAUUAUGAAAAGCUCACCUGAUGUUGAAAACAUUAGUCAGGAUUCUCUGUUAUUAGUUAUUCGGGCCACAGAGCUAUUCAUCCAAUACAUAUCUCAGAUGGCUUACAAGGUUGGAAAAUCAAAAGAUUCUUUGGAAUACAAUAAUCUGGCAGAAGUUGUCCAAACAACUGAUAAUAUGCAGUUUCUUAGAGAAAUAAUGCCACGAAAAAUCACUGUCAAGGAAUUCAGAGAAAUAAUGAAAAGGAAAGUUAUCGAGGGAAAUGAAGUCAUUAAAUCUCAAGGAAAACUUGACAGUUAACUAAUAUUGUUUUUGAUAAAACAAUCACAGUUUUAUAGCUAAAACUUUCAUUUUGCUUUCAUUGUACCAGAAAUAUUAUUAUUAUUAAAAGCACUUUCUUCGCACUGUA